UCACUAAAUGUAGACCAAGGCCGAGACAACUAAACAAAGGCGACUCCAUAGCUUUUCUGUUCCAAAAUGCAGUUAAAUGUCAGUAUUGGGACGUAAUGUGCAGUGUUAUAUUGACAGCCGGGUGGUUAUCAAGUGUAUUGGUUUAAUUGGUGGUGUGUCGGAAACUUUGUGUGGUGAAAAGAUGAGUUUUCGAGCUUUUCAAUGUAUUUUUGUGUUCGUUGCCGUCUAUUGCAUUGAUGCUAGGAGUGUUAAUAAUGUUCCUGAAGCUACCUUCGAUGAAAGAAAUAAAGAUCAUUGGAAUAUGCAAGCGCAAUGGACCCUGAGAACUAAGGUUCUCGCGCCUCUAAACAAGAGAGUGGCAAAAAAUGUGAUCCUGUUCAUUGGAGAUGGCAUGAGCAUCACAACCCUGGCCGCGACCAGGGUGUACCUCGGUCAAAAAUAUGGACAUUUAGGAGAAGAACUUCGGCUAAGCUUUGAGGCCUUCCCGUAUACCGGUUUGUCAAAGCCAUAUUGCGUGGACAACAACGUAGCGGACUCAGCUUGCAGUGGGACUGCGUACCUCACUGGAGUUAAGGCCAACAGUGGGACCGUGGGCCUGAGUGCAGGUGUGAAGAGGGGAGACUGUAAGGCCCAGAAAGACGGGCUGUACUCAGUCACAGGACUCAUGGACUGGGCGCAGAGAACAGGAAAAAGCACUGGAGUAGUAACGACGACGCGGGUGACGCACGCGACGCCAGCAGCAUCGUACGCGCAUUCGGCCGACCGUCUAUGGGAAUCUGACGCUGACAUCCCAGUGUACGGACUGCACUGUGACGAUAUCGCUACCCAGCUGGUCAACGGCCAGGUUGGCAGCAAGAUAAAUGUGGUCUUCGGAGGCGGGAGAAAGAACUUCACCCCUAAAAGCGAGAAGGAUGCUGAGGGUUUCUUCGGUCGCAGAUCCGAUGGUAGAAACCUGAUCACCGACUGGCUCAACAAGAAAGCUUCCUUGGGAGUACCUGCCAAGUUCAUUUAUGAUAGGGACGGCCUCAUGCACUUGGACGCGUCAGAACGUGGAGACAUCCUGGGACUGUUCGCUCCUGAUCACAUGCCCUACCAUUUGGACGCACACGAUGACGACCCCACUCUUAGCGAUAUGACUCAUGCUGCUAUUAAAAUAUUGUCGAAAAAUCAGAAUGGAUUUUUCUUGUUUGUUGAAGGUGGAAGAAUAGACACAGCUCACCACGAAACGAAAGCGCGUAAGGCCCUGGACGAGACAGCGGAGUUUGCGAAAGCGGUGGAGGCAGCCCUGAGACUGGUGGACUCAGAGGAGACCCUGGUGGUAGUGACGUCAGACCACAGCCACACCAUGACCUAUAGUGGCUACAGCAAGAGGGGGACAGAUAUACUUGGAUUUACUAAUAAGAUGAAUGCAUCAGAUUUCCUUCCGUAUACAACGCUGAGCUACGCGAACGGACCCGGGUACAAACCACACGACGGCUUGAAGAGACACGAGCUUUACUUGGAUGACAUUAAAAAUCCCAACUUCACAUACCCAUCACUAGUCCCUAUGGCCCGGGAGACGCACGGCGGUGAAGACGUGGCUGUGUUCGCCAAAGGGCCAUGGGCUCAUCUGUUUACAGGGAACUACGAACAGAACUACAUACCACAUGCGAUUGCCUACGCUGCGUGUAUAGGAAACGGGUUGACUGCCUGUAACCUAUGACAGUAUUAAAAAAAAUAAAAUAGUACUGGCCACUUAAGAUUUUAUGAUUGUUUACCAGAUGUAUUAUUUUAGGGUUCCGUUUCUCACCACCUGGAACCCUCAUAAUUUUGUUAUCUGUCUAUCAAGAUACUUUUAUUACGAUAUAUGAAGGGGCUGUUUCAACGCUUGCUAGGCUAACUGACGAAUCAAAUAUGAGACAAUUUAUCUAGCGGUUAAGUUUAUCUGUAAUUAUAAUACAAUAUUUUAACAGAAAGUGGUGAAAUAGGCCCUUAUAGUGUUAUAAAGUUGAAAUUUAUGUCUAAUAAGUACUCGGGUUUACAGUCUAUUUCAGCUAUGAUUAAAAAACUUGUGAGUCUACUCGAUCAAAAGAUAUGAACAUUUUUAAAUAUUUUUUGAUCUCACUAGGGAACCCAAAUCUAUGGGUACUUCCCGUUAUCUUAGAAUAGUUAAAUUAUGCAAGGAACAAUGUCACAUGCACAUGUCACGGAAUAAGACCGGAAAUUAAUAUCUAUGAACAUAAUUUUUAAAAUUAUAUUUUACCCUGAAUUUUAACCGGAAUCCUCGCCUCGGAGCGAGUUCAACUAGUACUUGACCGGUUUUAAGUUGGUUAUAUUGAUUAUAUUGUUCCAAUUUACAUAACUGGUAAAUACUUUGUACUUUUAUAGAUGAAUAACAAAAAACUUAAUAUUGAUCUGGUGCUAUAGAUAAGAAUAUAUGUAUAGAUAAGCAACUUUUCUAUAUAGUCAUAAUAUAGUGUUAACAAGAUGUAAAUUAUGAUAAACAAAUAAAUUAUAAGUUAUAGAAACGAUGCACCGCGCCGGCAUCUGUCUGAGUUGGGCGAUAGUGUGUGUAUUGUACAUUAUGUAUACAUGUAUGUAUCAUACAAUAUUUUCAUCACACUUGAAGUCGAGGAGUGUUAGGUAAAAGUUCUAAAAUACCAGAAUUGUAAUGCUAACUGCACAUUAUCGCCGAACUCAGACAGAUGCCGGCGCGAAUGCAGGAACAUUGUAUAGUUGGAAUGAGAGCUUUUAUUUAACACCAUGAAAACCCAGCAAUGUAUGCCGAAUCUGCCAAAGUUCGGCGAACUGUUAUUCUCUCUCUCUUUUCCCGAUUGCUUCCCAGUCGUUGAGCUGCGAUAAUGUCUACCCGUCAUAAUAUUACAUGCAAAUUUUCUGAAAACACCGUUUGUUUUCGUUAUUUCAAAUUUAAAUUCGUUUAUUUCGUGAACGUAGGUAGAACAAAUUGACAUGUAUUGUGAUAACGUACACUAUGUCCUGCUAGUAUCAUUUAUUGCUUAAAAGACAAGAUAUUUGCACUUCCAAUCUAUAAAAAUAUAUAAUAAUUAUAUAAUAAUUUAUUUACAUUAUUACGAUAAGAAUUUCAACCGUUUUAAUAGAAGCUUUAAGCAUUGCCGUAGUAUGUUAUGAUCAAUGGUUUAAUAUAAUAUAUUAAUGUACUUAAUAAGUGUAGUGAAGCGGCGGUGGUGUAAUGGUUAAGACGCCCGCCUGUGGAUCGAAAGGUCCCAGGUUCUGAUCCUAUAUAGUAGUUUCCAUCGACCACCACUUGCUUCCGGUAAAGGAAAACAUCGUGAGGAAACCUGCACACUGGUUGGUUCUUAUUAACUUGUGUGUGAAAUGGAGAAGGCAAUGGCAAACCACUCCAUUAAUAAUGCCAAAAAAUUUGUUGUGUGUGUUUCAUUCCACGUAAUAACCACGACCCUCAGCCAUGAGGAAUAUGACUAUGAAGAAGACUUAAUAAGUACCCAUACCUACUAUUAAUAUAAGUGAGUUGUUAAGCUGUGUUUAUGACAACAUGAAUCAAAAUGUUUAAUUUUCAUACUUAAAAUAAGUCAAUUUAUACUUUGUGACAAUAUUAAAUCCUGACACAAAGUGAUCAGGGAAAUAUAAAAAAAAAAUGUAAAUAAAUAAACGUAAUAUUUUGUA